AUGGAAGCGAUAUUGGCGGCAUCUUUUUCGAUGAGGGUUGGCCUAAAUUAUGUCGACCUCUCCAAGUACAUCAACGGCUAUACAAAGCGGAAGUACCCCGGCGCGUACACAGUCCUAAAUCUAGGGUUACCUAUGGCGUCUUGUUUCGAGGAUACGAUAGACACACUGCUAACCUUCGAGCUGAGUUACGACGCGUACGUUAACUCCUACACACCUAACACGUGGGUCCUAAAAGACCCGCGGAAACUGUGGCACUAUAUAUACGACGUCCCGGAAAGCGCUAUUAACGAGGUUAUCAAAUUAUCUAAGGAGCGCGGAGCUAGUUUCGUUUAA